GGAAGUGCAGUUUGCCGCCCUUAAGCUGGGCUACGUGCUUUGGCUGUGGCUGUUGCAGCGCUGCUGCCUUUGCGGCGCCCGGGCGAUUAUUAGACCAUGCGGGGCCCCCGGGCCGUGCUCAGAGGAGUCGGGGCAGCGGCGCGAGCGGUCAGUGCCCAGGCCUCAUCUUUUGCCACAGGGCCACGACAGAGCGAUGGCACAUUCUAUGAGUUUCGUACUUACACAGUUAAGCCAAACAAGAUGAAAGAUUUUCUGGACCUCACCAGUAAAAACAUUCACCUUCGCACAGUUCAUUCCCCAAUGAUUGGAUACUGGACUCUAGAAUUUGGGGGACUGAAUAAAGUUUUCCACAUUUGGAAAUACGAGAGUUUUGCACAAAGGGCUGCUGUCCGUACGGCAUUAACCAAAGAUCAGGAGUGGCAGGAAAAAUACAUCUCUUACAUGCUGCCCUUGUUGGACAAACAAGAGAAUGAGAUUACUUACCUGGUCCCUUGGUGUGAACUUGGCAGCUCUGAAAAAGAUGGAGUCUGUGAGUUGGUUACCUUCCAAAUGAAACCUGGUGGACCAGCAGUGUGGGGACAGUCCUUUAAAGCUGCAAUUAAAGCCCACAUAAACAGUGGAUACACUAAGCUGAUUGGUGUCUUCCAUACUGAAUAUGGACUACUCAACCGAGUUCACGUGCUUUGGUGGAAUGAGAGCCCAGAUAGUCGGGCAGCUGGAAGACACUAUGCCCAUGAGGAUCCUCGGUUAGUAGCAGCUGUUCGAGAAAGCGUUCAAUUCCUGGAAUCACAGCAGAACAAUCUCCUGCUUCCUACAGCGUUCUCACCAUUAAAAUAAAUACAAUGCAUAAUGGACAAAGAAUAUUUUUCAUUGCACUGUUAAGGACAUCUAAGGGUUUUAAUAGUCCAGCUAUAUUUUCCCCAUUUAUAAAAUGUGAUACAAACCUAGUCUCUCUUUCAAUUAUAUACCUAUUUCCUUGCUGGAAAUGGGAAGCUUAAUCUCCCGCCCAGUGAAAUGAAAAUUCAAGGUUUACUCAAUUAUGUUAUGAAAGGGAACUUCCAUAAAUUCUUUGUAUUAGGCUCCUUCCUUUUAUAGUUAUAAAUCUGUGAAAAUGACUCUGCAAAAGAUGAAAAUAAGAGUCCAGAAUAUUUAAGAAAAGCAUAAUUUUUGUUAAUUUUUCUGAACUACUGUACACAUCAUGAAUAAGGAUCUUUUCUAAAUGGCCUUUACUGUCCCAAAGCAUUAUUGUCAGGUGUUUUUAAUACUCAUUUUGCUUGUCCUAAACCUAAGUGCUACGUUACUCUGAAGUAACAUAUAUUUGCCUACAAUUCUAUCGUUGUCUUAAGCAUGGAAUUUUAACAUUUCUGUUUCUCUGCUUAUCACUGUGGUAGAACUGGGCCAAAAAAAGGGUUUGCAGUAGAACUUCAGUUGAAUGAAAAGUGUUCAGCAAAUCAUGAACCUGACCUUUCAUUUUUAAAAAUUAUUUUUUGUUAUAAAUAACAUCCAGCUUUUCUUUCCUUUUCAAAUUCAAAUAAAUUUUUCCAUGUAUUCAGAGCCAGCUCUGGCAUGUUCAAAUGCAGAAACCGAAUAAACUGAUUUAUUCUGAGAGAGUCACUUGCAGUAGCAUAUUAUGUAGCAUACACAUUUUUAUAUUUUUGAACCAGUCGUAAGAUUGCAGUUCCUGAAAUGUAAUUGUUGGAAUUGAAACAUUAAAAUGGUUUUUUGAAAUGCA